CCUGCCGCUGCCUCGAAUACUUUUUAUUUACUUCAACCGGUCUUCGGAAUAUUAAUAAGCCACCUCUUUUCUUCCGUCCGGCUAUUUUCGCCUUCAAAAUUCAUUUAUUUUCUUCUUGCUGCCUAUUUAAUUUGAACCAGUUAAGAUGCAUAAUUAGUAUUUCAAUCUUUCCUCCAAUCCUCUUUUCCUCCCUCCCUCCUCUGGCUCACGCUCUCUCUCUCUUUCUCUCUCUCCCUCCCUCUUCCGCACUCUAUUUCUCACUCGCACAAUUUCUACAUGUCUCUGUCGCUACGGCAACCAAUGCUUUUCCCCACUUCCAGGCGUUCUGCCUUUCUCCCACUCCCUUCUUCAGUGGCAUGAGAGAUGAUCGGAGCGGCGAGGAGUCAGUGAACAGGCUGAAGCGAUGGAGCGAUGCUCCAUCUCUCCCCACAUUGGAUUCAUUCCUCUUUGGAGCUUCCUGCUGGUCACUGUAAUUUUUUGCACUGCCACCGGUGACACAGAUGACAGGAAGUGGGAGGAGUUGGGCGAAAUGCAGAUGCCAGUCACGGCGCAGGCCAGCACCACUCAGCUCUGGGCAGUGGACUGGGGUCCCACGCAACCCCUGGAGGACGAAACCCAUCACUUCCUGUCCAGUCUGGAGACGGAGAGUUUGAGGGUGACUACGCCCGAGGACUGGUCGCAUCGCCGAAGCGCGUCCGCCAAUCAAACUCAACGCCCGACUACGGGAGAGAGGGACAAGAUAGGGACAGAAGAGCAGGACACUGAAGAAGUGGACCCACAGUUUUAUGUGACGGUGACGAUUUCAUCUCUGCUGAUUCUCUCCGCGGUCAUCAUCUCUGCUAAACUCUGUUACGACCGGAGUCUCUCCCAGCGCCCGCCGCCUCUCUCCCUCGCCAUCCCUCGUUCCAUAGCUCAGGAGGACAGCAGGCAGACACUGCACAGCACUCCAUCCUUCCCCGACAGAGAGAGGAUACCAGUGGUCAAUCUUUGAAGAGCUGACUGUUCCGAGCAUGAUAAUCAAAUCCCGCGGGCACGAAACAGACUUUGGUGUGGCCGCCGGUGCGAACGCAAGUGGCCGAGCCAUCCGAAUGUACAUAACAUGUAGAUAGACACAUGUGGAUAUAUGGAUGAAUACAUCUGUUUGGACACUCUGAUGGAGACCGUGAGGUUUUGUGGUCCAGUGGCUCUUCGUUUCUGGCUGUACCUCUUUCUUCCAGUGCCGUUUGUACAGUAUUAUUCUCAUUAGCUCAACGCAGCCAUUCACAAGGGCUCCGGGAAUGCUAUGUCCUCUACCAUGAAAACAAUCAUUAGCUUCUGAUCCUGGAAUAAGCUGUGAUGUAUGUAGUCAUUAAUUUAGUAACCGGCGUGACAUGCUUGCAGUAGCCUCUCUCACAUGCAUACAAAGGUUACAGCCGCCUACCGCUGCCUUUAUCGCACUUUGUGUAGCAUUUAUUUGAGCUUAAUGAAUGACUGCAGUUAUUUUGAAGAGUUAAAUAUAAUUCACAUCAUUUGUUUAUGGUGUUUUGUUUCAUAUGGCUUUGUGUCUCAUAGCAACAGCAGACUGCAAUGACGUCAGCUGAUAAAAACAGCUAUCUGGAAACACCUCUGCAGUGUUACCUUAUAAUUUACACUAAUUAUCUGACGGACGUUUUCGUAAAUUCGCCUCAACAUCUGUUGAGGAGGUGUUCGUGAAACCUACGUAAUGCUAUUCAAAGUGUGUUGUUAUGCUUCUUAUUAGCGUUGAACUUAUAUCAUGGCCAUCAUGUUUCAUCUCGGGGGUCUUUUUUGGUCAGCAGAGAGCUAGCACUUACCACAGCGGCUGAUGUGUGAGAUGUUUUCAUGAGUUUAUGGAAAGCACAAUGUAUGAAUACAUAUUGAAAAAUAAGCUUAGCGCUUCCAUGGCAUAUUUAGUUUGAUAAGUGAUUAAAAAACAUGCCACACAAGUUUGUUUGAUGUAUUGCCACGCUGACAACCCAUGGCUAGCGAGGCAGCUUGGGGUUUCUUGUUUAUGAACCGCAACUAUCAGGAGGGUUUGGGUUUUUAGGCGAUAGAAAGAUUUUUAAAUCUGUUCUGAAGUCAAUGUUGCUAUCGAUUUUACUUCUGUAUUUUGACAAAUUUAAUAAUGAAAGAAAUACUGAGGAAGGACGUUUUAAAGGACAGUUGUAAAAAUGUGUCUUUCUGGAAUGGAGCCAGACUGAAUGCAAAUUUGCUAAAUCAAUGCGUGGAUAGCUAAUUGGCUAAUCAGUGAUUAAUGUUGUCCAAUAGAGUGCAAUAGCGUCUGCCCACUUUCUCAGCGGCCUUGAUUUCGGAAGUAUUUUCCCAUUGUUUUUUUCUCAUAGGGAUUUUAAAAAUCUUUCUGUAAGAGUUAUAAGCUGAACCAAAUCAACCAGUUACAAGGUGAAUCACAUCAUUACUGACUUUUUAAUUUGAAGCAAAAAAGUAUUUGAAAGUCAGACAAAAAGACGAAGGUACAAGACUGUGUACUUAACGGUGUUCUUGAGGGAAAGAAUGACUAUUGAAUUAAUAUAGCUGCAAGCAGCAAUUACCGGGGUUCUAGUGCUUUCAGACUUUUAAGUACAUAUGAAAAAAGACAUUUUGUAGCAAGCCUGUAGCCACCUAAAUCAAUGAUGAAAAAACAAAACAAAAACAGUUUUGGCAAAUCCAGGUAAUUUGCCAUAGCAAUAUGAUGUUUUUUUUUUUUUUUUUUUAACAUUUAUGACUGUUAUGACAGAGAAUUUAUGACAUUUAUGACAGAGAAUUGUCCUGCAGUGUUUUUUUCCAGAUCUUCUCAGUGGUUUUUUUUUUUUACACCUUCUCAAUCGUUUAACAAACAAUUUGAUUGACAGCAGCGGUUCUAGAGGCAAAGUUGUCUGGAAUGAGAAGUUCUAUCAAAUGAUAAGAAUAUCGUGUAUGUACUUAAAACCGCGCAAUGCACAAUUGUUUACGCCCCUAAAAAAUGCGAUAUUUCUUUCAAAUUUCUUACAUACCUUUGGGUCCACGAGUCAAACAGGCCCACUGAGUUUUGUUCCGAUGAGCCACCGUUAACCUUGUCUAACAGGUGCUCAAACUUCAUCGCCCAUAUUUGUUCAUAUUUUUUCUGUGCACAGCCAUUUACAUGUUGAUAGGACAAAUGGUUGCGUAGUUAUAGCCAUUUUUAUGGUUUUUCCCUCUUAUAGCGCCACCAAGUGGCCAAGCUCCAUUUUUUUCCUGUAAUCUCAGACUGAGCUCUUUCAUAAGUGUUCUGAGUUUGAUGAAGAUAUCUCAUUCCGUAAAGUUAUAGGCAUUUUACUAAAAUUGGCCCUGCCCCUUUCGAACGUUUUGGUGUCCCUGUUGCGACUUUUUUGAUAAUUAUUGAUAUUCACUCUCCAGGGAAUCUUCCUGCACUGGUUUGGCUCCGAUCAGGUGGAAAACCUAGGAAUAGUUCGCAAAAGUAGAUUUAAAAAAAAAUCCAAAUUCCAGAAAACACCCCAAAAUUUCAGAUGUGUGUGUUUUGUCUGGCGUGAGCCAAGGAUUCCAACGACAUAAGACUCUUGAGCCUGCAACUGAUGGUUUAGGAAUUAUGAGCAAUUUCAUACUUUUGAUCACUGUAGCACCCCAGUCAGGCCAAAUGGGGUGAGCCUUGGUGACACUGUAGGCGGUGUCAGUACUACCAUCCCUCCAAGUUUCAAGUCCCCACGACUUAGGUUUUGGUCUACAUGAUCAGUUUUACAUGGAGAUUGCUAAUCCUUGGCCACUCGUUACGUGUCCUACAUGCUUGAACCCCUAAUAAAAAUGAUGUAGUGAUAUGAAACUGUUGAUUAUAUAUUCACCUUUUACCUGAGUAACCGAUGAGUGCAACCAUGAUGGAUUCUAGCUUCUGUUUGGAUGCUCUCAUGUUCUGGUCUCCAUAGAAAUCCAUGUUAAAACUGGAUAAAGAUCAACUGACUUAAUUAAACAUAACUAAAUAUAAAAAUGUGUGAAAAAUGAAAAUUAGCCCACUCACCCUCCAGGCAUCCUAGGUGUAUAUGACUUCCUUCUUUAAGACGAAUCCAAUUGGACUUAUAUUAAAAAUUAUCCUGGCGCUUCCAAGAUUUAUCUUGGCAAUAGGCAGGUGUUUCUCUAUAUCAGUCCAAAACAAGUCCAAUAAAGUGCAUCCAUCCAUAAUAAAAAACUGCCUCACAUGGCUGCGGGGGGUGAAUAAAGGCCUCCUGUAGCGAAUCAAUGCAUUUUUGUAAGAAAAAUACACAUAUACAAAACACAAGAAUCACUUUAAUCGAGCUUGUGCCAACUCGUCGUACAUGGCCUUUUCAGGCAGAUGACGUAGGACGUAUGCCGUAGGAGAGAGCAAAACAAAACAUCGGUCAUGAAUUUUAUUUGCUAAUUUCCUUUGCUAAAGUAAGGAAAAUGUCCUUCUUUUGCUCUCGUAAACAAACAAUGGUUUGUGCGAGACUCACCGGCAAAUGCGCAACACAGACGUCCUACGUCAAGCUAGAUUAAAGUAGAUGAAUAUGGAAAUUUUUCUUACAAAAAUGCAUUGAUUCGCUACAGGAGGCCUUUAUUCACCUCUCGAAGUGGUGGGCACUUUUUUAUGAUGGAUGGAUGCACUUUAAUGGACUUGUUUUGGACUGAUUAAGAGAAACAUCGCAUAUUGCCAUGAUAAAGCUUGGAAGUGCCAUAACUCCAACUGGAUUAGUCUGAAAGAAGUAAAUCAUAUACACCAAGGAAGACUGGAGGGUGAGUAAAUAAUGGGCUUAUUUUCAUUUUUGGGUGAACUAUCACUUUAAGAAAUUCCUGUAAAGUACUUGUUUUGCGUACCAGCAAAUAUACUCAUGUCCUGUACUCUAUGCCUUGCGUAAACGAUGUGAAAAGAAAACAAGCACGUCUUACAGCGCUUAAGUUAAAAUACUGUGUUGAAUAAAAAAAGUGUAUUCUUACCAUUUCGUGGACUCCUGCGAACUUCACCUUUUGUGAGCUGUGUGUAUGUGCGCUCAUCUGUAUUCAUUGCAGCUAACCACAGGUAGCUUUAUGUAAUUUCCCCCGUUCAUUAAACUACGACAGGUGAGUUACUGAAAAAAGACAGUCAUUGCCACACUAUGUGAUGAAACUAUAAAACCAUGGCGCCAUUUUCAUAGGAUUAACGUUAUAUUUUGGCAUGGAAAGACGUAAAUUUGACUAUAAAUAAGAGACCAGAAAUAUGAAGCAGUGUUCCAGUCAGUCGAGAUUUACGCAUUAAGUAAAAGGUGGAUAGAAACAAUACAUAUUUUAAGUUUGUUGCGAAAUAUUUACAAAUACACUAAAAUAUUGAAGUAGUUCGAGAGCAUAUGAAGAGUGGCUCUAUUAUGUUCUUGUGGUGCUACAUGGGAGUAGGCUGGUGUUAAAGUGUUCUUUUGGCACCAUUUGUUAAUCGUGAUUCUCUGAUUUUUGGAAACUUCUCUGUAAGAAUCAUGAAUAAUAUAGAUUUUCACUGUUGAGUAUGAUUUUUUUUAAAGUAAAUAUCAAUAAUACAGGCUGAACACAUCAAGAGAAA